GUACAGCUGUUCUGGUUCGCCGGGGUGCGAUCAGCGCUGUGUUGUAUAUGUAGUGGUUAAAUAAGCGUGUUUUGGCUGUAUUUUCGCUAUUUUUAGCCUGACUGUCUCUCAACAUUGUAAAUUUAGUGGGCAAAUUUAAAACAUUACCUUCCUCUAUCAGAAGUCAUGCACAUCUAUCUGGUAGUAUCAGUGCUAGUGGUGCACAUGGUGCAGGCUGAGUAUCGCCAGCCUCCAGGUGUCAACCCGAACCACUACCAGCAGCCUGGUCAGGUACCUCAGCAGCAGCAGCAGCAAUUCCAACAGCCUCCACCCCAGCAGCAGCAAUUCCAGCAGCCACCUCCUCAACAACAGCAACAGUUCCAGCAGCCACCUCCUCAACAACAGCAGCAAUUCCAGCAGCCGCCUCCCCAGCAGCCACAGCAGGGUGUUCCGCAGCAGCAGUUCCAGCGCACGGACGGUCACGGCCACGGCGGUCACGGUCAGCAGCAGGCCAUUCUCAGGGACAAACAGCAAAUCACCGCCGAAAAAGAUCACAUCAAGGAGCACCUGGGGGCGCCGAUCGACACGUCCAAAAUGUCCGAGGAAGAGCUGCAGUUCCACUACUUCAAGAUGCACGACGCCGACGGCAACAACAAGCUGGACGGCCUCGAGCUGGUGGCCUCGCUGCAGCACUGGCACGACCAGUCCAACCACGAGCCCGGCCACCCGGUGCCCGAGAAGAAGAUCUUCACCGACCAGGAGCUGUUCGAGCUGAUCGAUCCCAUCAUCGACCAGGACGACCGCAACCGGGACGGCUACAUCGACUACUCCGAGUUCAUGUUGGCGCAGCAGAACCAGCCGCCGCCGCCGCCGCAGCAGCAGCAGCAGCAGCAGCAGCAGCACGGCAUGCCCGCCUAGGUGUGAGUGCGGUGCACAGACUCGGUGACUGCCAGCUCAGGCCAGCCGGGGGAUGGACGGGGGUGCUCGGACGCACAGACAGAGGUCUCUGAGGAAGGAGAGGGCGGUGCCCAGGCGGGAUAGGUGUCAGGUGAUCGGGAGUAGGGUGUAGGUAUGUGGAGUGACCGGAGCCGGCGGCUGCGGAGCGCCGGCCGGGGACGGGCUGCUGUCCCCGCCCGGUCAGUAUGUGGUCCCGAACAGACCGCUGUCCCGGCCGCUCGGUGUCUGGUGAUGUGUCUGAUCUGACGAAGCUGAUGACAGCCGCGCUGAUGACCGUCUGACGGCUGAGCGUCGUCUGUGGGUGGCACCAAUCAGCGCCAGUCUAGGAUACAUGUUCAGGAUGUGACGCUGAUCCUCAUAUGACGCCGACUGCGCGAGAUGCAUCUAUUUUUAUAACGCAUGAGCGGGAUUGCGUGGAUAUUAUCAGAAAUUAUAUUUGGAAUUAUUUGCGGAAGAUAGCAGGGUCGCAUGUUUCAAAUUAAAUGAGGUAUGGUGCUCGUAUUACCAUAUAUGGUUUUGCACAACGAUGCGUAUAUUGGAAUGCUUUGGACGUAUUUCUGCGCUUCCAUAAACAGUCUUUGGCUAUUCCUCAUGAUGUAAUCAGAUGAGCUUAACGUUGCACAGAGACCACUUUUCCCUUGUGUCGAAACACGAAUAAUUGGCGAUGACGUGUUCAAAAGUGCAGAGCGCAUGGCAACUUAAUCAAAUGACAUUUUCGCUAUUCAUUGUUCGUUUGAUGCCUGAGCUGCUUUAUUUGCAUUUUUGUCUUCAUUCAUUUGCUAUUUGCGCUGUUUUUCCUUCUGUUUUUUUUUUUUUUUUGCAUUUUGUUCGAUGUUUCAAAUGCGGCUGUCCUGAGAUUAUGGUAACGUUCUGUUUGCACCUUUCGCUACAAUUUUGUUGAGAUUACUUGAGUUUUUUUUAUUCGUUUCUUUUUGGCAUAGGUGUUAUUUUGAAGGUGAAUGUGAAUCCCGUAACAAAAAAUAUUUGCGUUUACGCCGUAGCAUUGCGCGUGAUUUCGACUACAUGGCUCGAAACAGUCGUAGUUCGGCUAUUUACUUUUUUAUUAACAUGAAGGUUAAAUUUCGCCGCUCAUGUAUGCGUUUGCUCGAGUAUUGGGCCGGUCCGUGUUUUUGUAAUCACGGUUCAUGCUCCCCUUCGUCUAUAUUUGCCCGUUGGCCCAUUGCUGGUUACAACUAUGUGCAAUGCCAGGGAUAGGACCUUAUGCACCGGCGGUGGCGACCGGUGGGAUAUAUCACAUGUUGCUCGUGCCCCAGUUGAGAUCGGGCACCUGCCGGCAGGCGACCAUUCCAAUUGCGAGGUUCGUGUGCACGCCCUUUAGUGUUGUGGCGGUGCGACGUCUGGUGUCUGUUAUGUGAAUGUGAGAGGCGCUCCUUUGUCCGUGAGCAGCCACUCCAUCCGUUCUCGUAAUUGGCGACCGCGGUGCGUGUGGGAAGAUCGUUUAGAUGGUUGUUCGUCACAAAUAUAUGGUCGGUUUUUGUUA